AUGUCAGCCAUUACAACUAAAAUCAUUGAAAAAUACAAUCUUAGCUCUAAGAUGGAAUUUCUUGAAAACCUUACCGAUGAUAAGAAGUGGAAUCAGGCUCGCAGACGCCUUCGGGAUGGUUUUAAAUUUAGCAGUGAACAGGUAGGUGUAUUGAUACCUAAUCAGAGAAGUAGGAAAAAUAAAACUAUAAAUUUGGUUGAAGAUAAUUGUAGAAUAGCUAUAACCAAGUCUCCAAAAAGUUUAGAAGAAGAGAUUGUCAGAGAGAAAGCAAAACGAAUCUUGCAAAAUAGAUAUGAGUUUAGUGAUGAUCAAGUAAAUGCCUUAUUCACAAUCCCGAAAAACGAAAGUAGAUACAGUGUAACUACCUCAGAUAAAAACAUAAAUAUUGUAAUCACCAAUCAACUCUCUAAAGGAAUGGAGGAAGAAACAAUUGGGGAUAUGAUGCAAUGGAUUUUACAGAAUAAACUUAGCAUUAGAGAUGUAAGAGUUAAAGCUUAUGCCUUAGCUCUAUCAGCAAAAAAUGCUAAUGCUGGCUCAUCACAUCUCACUCGUCUUUGUAGAGAAUUAAGGAACCUUAAUGCAUCACUUGAGAUAAUUGAGGUUACAAAAUUUCCAGAUAUUACAGAAGAUGCCAACAAAAUCCAGAGUAUCAAUUGGAAAAAAGCUAAAGCUAAACGUAUCGAUUAUUCAGAUGAAUUUACAUUAGAAUCAGUCAAAGAAAGAUUAGAUGCGUACAAUAUUAAAACUUUACCUGAUUAUCAGGCUCUUGCUGAUGUUAUGAUGAUGCUUUGUCAGCCUAAUAUUCCUAGAAAAUUUAGAUCUAUGGAAAAGAAUCAAGAACGAGCCAAAGAACUACUCACUUGGAUUCAGCAUGCUAUAUCAUCUGGACGAAUGAGUGAUCUAGGUAAGCCAGAAGUUAAAUGGUUCAAUAGAUUCUUAAAAGAUUAUGAUUUAAUUCCUAAAUAUUUAUGUAAAUUAGGAGCAGUUUAUGGUGUAAUAGCACAUGAGGCUAAGAAUAUGGCCCAUGCUUAUACAAUUGCUGGAGAAUGUCUACGUCAUUCAUCUGAUAAUCAUACUUCUUCUGUGCAAAAUUACGUUGUAGUCAAUUAUAGAAAAUGA